GAGCACUUACAUUUUGAAUUCAGAGUUACAGCGUAACUCGACUUCCUUAGCAGCUCCAACUACCACUUCCCACUUCCUCUUCGGUUCUAUCGCCUUUCUCCUUCUCCUCAGCGAGAGCGAAAGCGAGCGAGAGAGCGAGAGAGCGAGAGAACGAGAGAGCGAGAGAGAGAGAAUGCUUGUGAUCCGUUCUCUUCAUUCGCGGCUUCUCGCUCAGGGCUCGAAGUCGAUCCAGCUCUUCUCGACUUCGGCGGCCGCUGUUGAGUCGGAGAAGACGAUCAGAGAUGGUCCCCGCAACGAUUGGACCCGCGGCGAGAUCAAAUCUAUCUACGAUUCUCCUGUCCUCGAUCUCCUCUUUCAUGGCGCACAAGUCCACAGGCAUGUUCACAAGUUCAGGGAAGUACAACAAUGCACUCUUCUUUCUAUUAAGACAGGGGGUUGUAGUGAAGAUUGCUCAUAUUGCCCACAAUCCUCAAGGUAUAAUACUGGAGUAAAAGCCCACAAGUUGAUGGACAAGGAUGCUGUUAUCCAGGCAGCAAAAAGGGCAAAAGAAGCCGGCAGCACCAGAUUCUGUAUGGGGGCUGCAUGGAGAGAUACAGUGGGCAGGAAGACAAACUUCAAUCAAAUCCUUGAAUACGUCAAGGAAAUUAGGGAUAUGGGCAUGGAGGUUUGUUGCACUUUAGGCAUGAUAGAGAAGCAGCAAGCCAUGGCACUGAAGGAGGCUGGGCUCACUGCAUACAACCAUAAUCUUGAUACUUCAAGGGAGUAUUAUCCUAACGUUAUAACUACAAGAUCUUAUGAUGAGAGACUGGAAACAAUUCAGCAUGUUCGCGAGGCUGGAAUCAAUGUAUGCUCAGGAGGAAUUAUCGGUCUCGGAGAAGCAGAAGAGGACCGAGUUGGUUUGUUGCAUACUCUGGCCACCCUCCCAACACACCCAGAAAGUGUUCCCAUUAAUGCAUUGAUUGCUGUUAAGGGUACACCUCUUCAGGAUCAGAAGCCUGUAGAAAUAUGGGAGAUGAUUCGAAUGAUCGCCACAGCUCGAAUUGUAAUGCCCAAAGCUAUGGUGAGGCUUUCAGCUGGCCGGGUUCGGUUUUCAAUGCCCGAGCAAGCAUUGUGUUUCCUUGCCGGUGCCAAUUCCAUCUUCACCGGGGAGAAGCUAUUGACAACGCCAAACAACGACUAUGAUGCCGAUCAACUAAUGUUCAAACUUCUUGGAUUGACCCCGAAAGCUCCGAGUUUUGCCCAAGAAACCACAGCUUCUGAACGAGAAAGCUGCGAGGAAGUCGCCUCCAGUGUUGGUUGAAGAACAUUUAGGCACAUUUUCAUCAUUUCGCCAGUUGUUUUAUUAGAAUUAUUUAUUUGUUACUCUUUUAACUGAAUAAUUUUUGGAGAGAUUGGUUGAAUUAUUUUUCGAUGCAAUAUCUGAUGUUAAUUAAGACCUGUGUUCAUCCAACUCCUCUAUGUUCUAUAAACAAAUGAUUGCAACCCAAGUUGAUUUAAGUUUGUUUAA